AUACUUUCGUUAAGGCGUAACACAACAAGGAACAAGGAAGGAGGAAAACGACGACUGUGGGGUUUUUGUUUUGAAAAACAAACCAAAAUGGAGGUGUGGAAGUUAUCUGGGUUUUGCUUGACUUUUUGCUAUUUGUUCACCUACAGCUCGAGUUCCGCCGAUGUAUUUGAUGGUGUUUUGGGGGAGACGGCCUCCUGCCACAAGACUUGCCAGGUGACCUACAGUUUGCACACAUACCCCAGGGAAGAGGAGCUGUAUGCUUGCCAGAGGGGCUGUCGGCUCUUUUCCAUUUGCCAGUUUGUAAACGACGGAGAAGACUUAAACCAGACGAAGGCCGAAUGUGAUUCGGCUUGCCGUGAGGCCUAUUCUCAGUCACAGGAUCAGUAUGCCUGUAAUCUUGGAUGCCAGAGUCAACUGCCAUUUGCAGAACAGAGACAGGAACAGCUGUUGGACAUGAUGCCCAGGAUUCAUCUCCUUUUUCCACUUGCCUUUGUGGGUGGAUUCUGGAAUGAUAUGAUGAGCUCAGCCCAGAGCUUCAUAACAUCUUCAUGGACAUUCUACCUCCAGGCUGAUGAUGGCAAAGUAGUUAUAUUUCAGUCUGAGCCACAGAUUCAGUUUAUGCCACAAUUUGAACCACAGAAAGAGGAGCUGAAGGACACAUCAUUUGCCAGAGAAUCAUCAGAUCCACACCCAGACGAUGCAGUCUAUAAACAAAACCACAAGAAUUUCAUGCAAGAACAAGAAAUUGGAGUGGACGCAGAUAAUGUUGAUAAGGAGGACCAUAACUUAUUUAAGUGUCUUUCAAGGAAUACCUGGCUGCCUGGUUGGAUAUUGACAACUACACUAGUUGUUUCUGUGCUGGUGCUGAUCUGGAUUUGCUGUGCAACAGUAGCAACUGCUGUGGACCAGUAUGUACCAUCUGAGAAAUUAAGCAUUUAUGGAGAUCUGGAAUAUGUGAAAGACCAGAAACUAACCCCAUACCCACCAUCCUCUCUGGUUAUCAUCAGUUCAAUGGCUGAAGAAGAAGCUGGGCCUUUACCAUCAAAAGUUAACCUGAACCAGUCAAACGUUUAGGAUGUACUAGUGCUGGGCUUGGCACAACCAAAUGGGCUGUCAAUGAUAACAUCUAUUAGUCUUACCAGUUUUUCUAACAGGGUUUAUGUUAAUAAAAUGAAUAACUGCUGCUCUGUUUUGCGUGCUCUUACUUUUUUCCCCCCAAAGCUUUACACUAGGAAAGGAGAUAUUGAUUGUUGUUGUUAUUGCAAUGUAUUGAUGCAUUUUUGUUGCAUCACACAACCUAAACUAUACCAUACCUAUUCUACCUGCAGUGAUGUCAUUUUUUGACAUGUACUAGGUCUUUUAUCUAGUAUUUUUGAAAAUCCUAAUUUACUAAUUUUAUGUCUGUUUGCUUAUUUUUCUCUUUUUUUAGAUUAAAAAAAAAAAAGCUGAAACUUUUUUUAAAUGCUGAUGAUUGACAGUCAAUGUUAUGCAGAGUAUAGUAUAGAUCAGUUUGUUUGGCAUGCUUCAGUUUACUUGCUAUAGUAAUCAUGGCUAGGAGCAUACUUUUAAUGAAGUUGUUCUUUUGUUAUGGUUGCAUUUGAACUCUUGGGAGAUAAUUGGUCUUGUGUAAAACAAAUCUAAGUUUGUCAGAAGCUAGCACAGGAUUUAGCAUUCUAAUACCAGCAGAUGGCAGGUGUGAUGCAGCUGUUUUUGUUAAAUAUUAACUGGGUAAUCUAAUCUAAAACGACUAGUACAGUGAACAUUUAAAAAUAUUAUGUGGAAUGCCUUGCAUGCUUCUAUAAAACAAAUUUCUCCUCAUUGCUCUAAUGUUCUCGUUUUCAUUUAAAUGUAUCAUAUUCUUUACUUGAGCUUUACGCUUCAAAAUAUUAGUGUAGAACAAAAUUAAAUUACAUUUAAAAAUUGUUGUAUAAUGAAUAAAAUGUUACUGGGUUAUUGUUUAAUGUUUCUUUACAUAAAAAAUGCUAAACAUUGA